AUGGAACAGCGUCCACAUCCCUUAAGAUCACGCUGCCUGGGAAGUCUUCCCAAGCCAUCCUCCGGUUCCUCCUCCUCACUCGCGGACAUGAGAGUCAAUGAUCCUCCCAAGCUCCGAGUCCUGAUCGCCUCCAAUGGGGGCAAAGACGUAGCACAAGCCCAAGCCCUCGUCGUGCGGCUUUCCAAGAACCCCAAAAUCGAAACUCGAGCCAUCGUAGACGAAGAUGCAUACUCUACACACCGGUUGUCACAGGAGACUUUGACGUUGAAGAAUCGGCCUUUCGGGUUUGGUAGAAGAGCGGACGAGGCGGAAAGGGAGAUUGAAAGGUCGCAGAUUGAUUGGUACAAGCAACAGGCGUAUGACCUCUGCGACUGGGCAGAUAUGAUGGUUUUAGCACCGAUUGAUGCGGACACGUUUGCGAAGAUGUUGCACGGCAUUACCGAUUGUUUCCUGCUGGAAAUUCUACGUGGAUGGGACGUUUCGAAGAAGAUAUUACUGGUUCCUGGAAUGACGACUGCAAUGUGGGAGAACCCUACCACGAAGAAGCAAUUGAGCAAGGUGCGAAGGAAAUGGCAAUGGGUAAGGGUCCUGCAACCGAUACUAUGGCAUUACGAAAGCGAAAGGAUACCGGCGAAAUGUUUUGUGAGUUGGGAUGGCUUCAGCGAGCUUGUGGGGGUAAUCAAGAACCAGGCGGAACUCAUGACCAUAGGUCAUGAUGUGGAUAUAGCCACAUCUUCAACGGCGACCUCGGAAUCAUACAACACAAAGACCGACAAACUUCUCCCACCGGAACUGUGGAGUACAAUACUUGAAUACGUUGGGGACUGGGAGAUUGCAAAGGCGUUGGAAGUCUAUACAACCCUUCCAACACCCCCAGAAUGGCGAAGGCCCGGCGUGCCGAAAGACGAGGUACAAGUCUACAUGCGUUCCCUGGAGCGGGUAAUCCUUACGUCUUCAGUUCAACAAAUAAUCCACAAGCUCAGGGCGGCCCCUAAAGAGAUGAAGUACCUCUCUGGUCUUUGCGUGAAGCUUAUCAUCAAAUUUUGCUUGACUGAAAUUCUUACAUACCUGGAGACGAACCUCAAAGAAGUUUUCCUAAUUUCAUUUAAUCAAAAGCUGCUCCCAAUAAAAGCCUCAACUGUCUAUGGACGUACUGAAAUCCUAGAAUGGUGGCGCACGUCGCCAACCUUCCUCUCCAAGACUUAUACAGCUGAAGCGAUUGACGGUGCUUCCAAGUCAGGUUUCAUCCACGUUCUCGACUGGUGGCGCCAAUCUGGUCUCGACCUCAAAUACACCGAGUUAGCCCUCGAGCAGGCAUCCUCAAAAGGCCACAUCCUAGUAUUGGAAUGGUGGAAGCAAGCAAGCUUGCAUCAAGGGAACUACUACAUCGAUCCAGACGUCCGCCAUCACCAUGGUUCCCCUAUGCCCGCAGAACCGGACGAACACCCAGAGAUGCAUCCUCCUCUGCAGCUCAAGCCCGGUAAAGCGCUGCUAGCAGCUGCCCAGAAUGAUCAACCUCUUGUUCUUCGAUGGUGGGACAAUUCUGGCAUUCCUAUUGGGCAUUCGGAAUCGGUAGCAAAAAUCGCCUCAGCGCAAGGACACGUCAAGGUUCUCGAUGCAUGGCGCGAGCUUCGGGGCGACAAAAUGGCCUUUGAUAAUCGCAUUCUGAUUGAGCCCACCAAAAAUGGCCAUGUAGAGGUACUAGAGUGGUGGAAGCAAUUCAAUCGCGGCCAGAAGGACCGGGUGGGUCCAAGAGCUGAGUAUAAAACUUGUGAUAUUGAGGAGGCGCUGGAGGAUAGUGUUGGGAGUGAGGGCGAGGCGUUUGCUGUUAAGAAAUGGUGGGCGCAGAAUGGGUUGAAUUUGGGCGUGCAGGUUAGUGAAUGGACAAAAGUGAAGGUUUUAUGA